CACAAUUUAAAGACACACUAAAUGUUGUUUGUAUCAUUUGAAAAAAGUAUUUGGAGUGCACCAGACACAUACACAUACUGCGGGUUUUAUUAGAAUUAUGUCAGGAUAUUUUCCCGCCAUUGCUUUAACUAUACUUAUUUUAUCAACGUCAGUUGACUCUCGGGUGUGGCUAGAAGCACCGGCGAUUGCAAACUGUAGAGGGGAUACAGUUUUGACGUGCCAUUACUGUGACACGCCUCUGACCACGAGAACAUGGAGCAGGAAAAUUGGGGAUGUUUGGGAAAUCAUCAUGGAAAAUGGGACACAAACAAGCCCCUCUGGUCGUCUUUCUAUAAGAGAGGAAAUCAACGGGUGCUUCUCCUUGAUAAUCAGCGGGGCUGACAAUAUGGCGGCCGGGAUUUAUAGGUGCGGAAUCAACAAAUAUCAAUCGGCUGGGGUAGAAUUCCUGGUUGAAUGUAAACCAGAAAAUGUCGAGGUUCGCCUGACUGUUGGGAUGUUGAUAGAAAUAAGAAUGAACACCGUUUAUCCAGUCCCAGAUAUACAUUUCAUGCUAACGGACGCAGCCAAGCGGACUACACAAGUUUUAUUUUCAUAUCCAAGUUGUAGCGGCCACAGUUGGCUACAAGACUGCGUCUGGGUCUCAACUUCAACAUUUUCAGCCAGCCAAUACACUUACGAGAUUGUUGCCAAGACAAUGACUGAGACAUACUUUUCAGGAGCACUUUAAUAUAGAAUUUAAUUGAAGCAAACAAGUUUUUUUCUUUAAAAUUUACGGAUGCAUACUUCAUGAAUUUACUUCUAAAUGAAAAAAAAACACGAGUACUAUACUGGCAUGCGAGCAGUUCCCGUACAGAAGCAGUACCCGUAUUUUUCGUUUAAACGUUUGAUUUUUACUUGCUUUCUUCAAAAAAUUGAUAUCAAAUCAAGCAGAUGCAUAAACGAGACAAAAUAUAA